AUGUCGACUCCACAGCACCACAUCGCGCUCCCCUGGGUGCCGACUCUGCCCAACGCCGCCCACAGUGCGCGCACCCACGCAUGGCAGUACCAGUUCCGCGGUCUCCCCUCCACGGUCCUGAACGAAACGGUCGUCCCUACGCCAAUGCUUCCCCCGCCCCUCCCUCUCGCGCAGGCUGUCGGGAUCAACGAGCCCUGGCUCCUCAUCUCGGUCGAGUACGCGGGCCUGAAUCCCGGCUCCAUCUUCCAGAUGACCCUCGUCCCUCCCGCGAUGAGGCAGAGAGAGGCCGUUCCCGAGAUGGAGUUUGCCGGCGAGGUGCUGGACGCGUGGAGUCCGGACGCGAACGCGGCGAAGGCGGCCAAGGGCGCCGCAGGUGCGGAGUGGAUGAAGAAGGCGCCCGACGCCCCUCCUUCCCCGCGCCCUUAUCCGCCCUCUACGGCUGCCGAGGCCAAGGCGGCCGCCAUGGCCGCCCGCGUCAACCCGGCCCAGGCUGAUGCGGAACCCCUCGAGUCGAUCGAGCCCAUCGACCUCUCCGAGGCCGUCAACCCUCCCCAGCGCGAGCGCGCCGGCUCCAAGUCCUCCUCUUCGUCUUCCUCGUCGUCCUCCUCGGAUGAAGAGGGUAAGGACAAGUCCGACCAGCCCGACAAGAAGAAGGACAAGAAGAACAAGAAGGGCAAGGCCAAGCACGCCGACAAGACUGACACGGCGAGCGAGUGGAAGCGCGGCGACCGCGUCGCAGGUAUGCUCCCCGCCGACUUCUGCCUGCCCACUGGCGUCGGCGCGCUCCAGGCCAUCAUCGCCGUUCCGGCCAAGUACUGCGUCCGCGUCCCCGCGCACGUGGACCUCAAGUCGGCCUCCUGCGUCAUGCUGGCCGGCAUGACGGCGGACGCCAUGCUCCGCCAGAGCGGCAUUCUCGACUUUGACCCGGCUGCUCACCCCCUCGAGCCCACCACUACCACCGCUGCAGCGCACAAGAACGGCACCCCGGCCUCAGGCAAGAAAACCGGCACUGCCGAGCUCGCCCAGGAGGAAGGGGGUGGGGGUGAGGAGACGCAGCCGCUCCUCGCCGAGUCGAACUUGAUGAACCUCGUCGGCGAGGGCAACGGCUCAGCGACGCGCCCCGUCCGUGUCCUCCUCAACGCGGCGAGCGGGGGCAUAGGCCAUCUCCUCCUGCAGCUGCUCAAGACGCUCGGCAAGCCCGUGCACGUGACGGCCAUCACGUCCGCGAAGAACUUUGACCUCGUGCGCAACCUGGGAGCGGACGAGAUGGUCGACUACACGAUCUAUCCCGCGCUCGCCUCGCACCUCGGCGACGCGUGCGCGCCCUUCGACUUCGCCUUCGACUGUCUCGGCGUGCAGGCUCUUUACACGGGCUGCGGGAAGUAUCUCGCCCCGCAUGGCGUGUACGAGAGCGUGGGCGUGCGCCCGCCCUCGUUCUGGGUGCUCGACUUUGUCCGCGCCGUCAUCAAGAUGAAGGCCAACGAGUACUUGCCCCAGAGUACCUGGCUUGGCGGCACUGGACGUGUUUACAAGGGCGUCAGCAUGAUGAAGCCGAGCCGUCAGGAUAGGCAGACGGUCAUGGACUACCUCGCCAGCGGGAGGAUCAGGGUCGUCGUCGACAGUACCUGGGAGUGGGAGCAUGCACGCGCCGCGUAUGAGCAUCUCGGUCAAGGCCACGCCGCGGGCAAGGUCGUCGUCAAGGUCGAUCCGAAGGCUUACUAG